AUGGGCUCAUCGGAUGCUCUACUCCAAGUUAUCGAGAAUGCCACAAAACUUGUUUUGGUGAGCACAUCCUGUCGGCAAUUCCUAAUGACUCAAGAGUUGUCAAGAACCGGGAUCCCCGCCUCAACUUACCGAUCUUCACUCGUCAAGUUCAGCGUCAACAGCCUCUUGAAACCUGACAAUACCUCUGCGCCGUCGAAUUCCAGCACGCAAUCAUAUGAGACGCCCUCCAUGGACGAUUCCGAUUCCCCAAGCACAGCGGCUAAAGGCCCCGUCAAGCGAAAGGCUAAAAGAGCCCUGCUCAGUGUUAAGGCUGAUGACGGCUACAAUAACGGCCAUGAUGCUCAAGGUGCUCGAAGUCUCCAGAACAAGGAACUCGCACAAGUAUCAGUCAUUUCGUUGGCAGCUGUUUUCCCCCGUCGAAGCACUCGCCUCACCAAAUCUACCGUUCUGCCCGCGGCUGGGAGCGGAGGCAGCGGGUGUUGUUAA